UUGUCAGUUAGCUUCAGAUGCUAAGCAACGUAUUUUAGAUUUAAUUUUGUUGUGUUUUGAUUGUUGAUUACAGUUGAGUGUUUGCAAAGUGAAUUAUAAUUUGCGGUUUACUAAUGGCAGACGUGGAUGAGAUAAUUGAUUACAUAAAAUCGCUUAGGAAGGGUUUUGACAAGGAUUUGUUUCAAAGCAAAAUCAAUGAGUUAGCUCAUGUUGUUGAUACGACGGGCUUGGAUUACGAUGACUUCCAUACAUUGUUUAAACUCUGGUUAAAUUUGACUAUACCUAUAUCAAAAUGGAUCAGUUUGGGUGCGUGUUUAGUACCCCCGGACAGAGUAGAGGAGCGAACUGUGGAAUAUUCCUUCCGUUGGCUUCUUGCUAACUGUCAAAACCAGACUACUUUGUCCAGGAUAGGCUUCUUACUCGACUGGUUAACAGUUGCAAUGGAUUGUGAUUGUAUUGACAUGACUGCUUUAGAUUCAGGAUAUGAAUUAUUUUAUACUCUGUUAACUUAUGAAUUACUGACUGUUCAUGCUAUGAAACUUAUAUACACUUUGACAAAACCAGUUGAUGUAACCAGGAGAAGGGUACUUGAACUGAUUGACUAUGGCAAAAGGCAGGCUAAAAAGAAUAUAUACAGACAAUUGCAAGUUUUAUUGGGUCUAUUUAAAUCCUACAGGCCUGAAUGCGUUCCUGAGGAUGUUCCAGCUAUGUCUAUACAUACUGCUUUCAGAAAAAUCAAUUUUACACUUUUUACAAGAUUUAAAAGAUGUCAGGAGCGCAAGAAUCAUUUGGCUAAAGACAGAUAUCAUUUAUUAUGGGUGAAUCCAUUAAGUUUGGAACGAGCUAGGAACAAGAAGGUGGAACCAUUAGUACCAAAUAUGGAGUUUCUAAAUGUUGGCUCAAAACAAUAUUCAGAAAAAGCACAAUUAAAAAAUUAUCUUGACUUUACAGAGAUGGGCGCGUUGCUACAGUACCGGCUGCAGCGGCGGCUGGCGCGGCCGGCAAGGCUACGGGCGCUGCUGCAACAGGCGGGAAGUGCCGCCGCCGGUCUGCUGGCGCUGGAACCUCCACAUCAUCGCGCCUUCCUCUCGCACGAUCUUCAUCACCUGCUCUUCAUCUGUUUCAUCGAUGGUUCACCUCAUAGUUAUGUUGAGAAGCAGGAUCUCCUUAAAAGAAUUGCUCUCUUACAACGCUCCAUGCUCCAGGGCUUGCCUGUCGUCACCAGGUUUCUUACUCAGUUCUUGCCCUUCUGGAAUGAAAAGGAUUAUUUUCCAGAGAUCAUGGAGAUUUUAGAAUGGAUUAGUGUAGACAGUCCAGGACAGGUGUUGUCCAUACUGGAGCUAUUUAUUAAGAUAUAUUUGCGUGCAGAUUCAAUGGAGCAGUGUGCAAUAUUGAAUAGCUUAUCCAAUAUGUAUGUUAAUUUGGUGUACUCAAGCAUGAAAACUCAUCACCACUUUAUAAGUACGGAAACAGAUGAAGAGAAUUACUCGCUAGUUCUGCCACACCUUGCUGAAAGCAUCAGCGAUUUAUGUAACAAAGCAUUACAAAUAAACCCUGAAGAUAUGUACGCGGCCUACAGCGGUGCGCUGGCGAUGGAGCGUGUAGUCCGCGCGAGCGCCCGCCGCGUGGUUGCCGCACCGCCGCCGGGCCGCUUGCAGCUCGCGUUCGCCUUACUUAGCCCGUCAGCAUUAUUGCUUGACAAGUUCGCUGGCCUCAUAGUCUUGUACAAACAAAUCUCUAAAAGCUUGAAAGCAAACAAUAUGCAGAAAGAUGAAGUGUACAUGCAGAAAAUGCAAAUAUUAGGUGGUUAUACCUUCGAUUUGAUCCACUGUUUAUACAGUGAAGAAGCACUCGACAGUCGUGACACUGGCAUCGUAUUCAACGACAUGAAUCCACAGUUAGUUGAAAAACUUGAAUCUCUGUUACCCAAUGUUAAUGGAUUACUAAGUUUACGAAACCAUAUAGCUCUUGCACCAUACACAUAUAUGCCGUUAGACGCCAUAGACUACAGAGAUGCCGACAACAAACUAUGGUUUGAAGCGGCCAUCGACCAUGAAUUCAGUGGUCUCAGCGAGUUAUUAAGGAAAUCAGGUGUAUUUGACUGAUUUUAAGCGAAUCUAUUUUUACUCCUACUUAUCUCUGUAUCUUUACUGCUAUUUGCUAUAGAAUUAAAAGAUAUAUCAGUGGAGUUUAUA